AUGUUGGAAGAGAUACUAAGAGUUAAUGCAAACACAGAGUAUCUUCGAUCCUUUCUUCAUGGGAGCUCUCAUAAAGAGCUUUUCAAGAAGAACGUACCAGUGGUGACUUAUGAAGAUGUUAAGCCUUAUAUCGAACGUGUGGCUAAUGGAGAACCCUCAGAUGUCAUUUCUGGCGAACCUAUUACUCAUUUUUUCAUAAGUUCUGGAACUACGGGAGGAAAACAAAAGAUCUUCCCUGUUAACAAUAAGCAUAUCAAUGGCGUUGUGGACGGAAAGGUGAUACCAUUUCUUAACACUAGAGCAGUGUCCAGAACUCUCUCUGGUCUGCCUGUUGGUCCUGUAAUUACGAGCUUCUUAGUGAGCGAAAAUUUCAAGAACUGGUCAUCCAAACGUUACACCAGCCCUGACGAAAGAGAGGAGGUCGUGAGUAUUUUUGUUCCAUAUGCUUGUGCGUUAGUCCAAGCAAUCAAAUUUCUUGAAACUCACUGGAAAGAAUUGUGUACUAAUAUUCGAUCUGGUCAUGUUAGCGAGUGGAUUACCGACCUGGGUUGCAGAGACUCUGUCUCCGUCAUACUUGGAGUACCUAAUCCUGAGUUAGCAGAUCAGGUUGAACGUGAAUGCUGUCAGAGAUCGUGGGAAGGUAUCAUCAAACGUCUAUGGCCUAACAUCAAAUUCAUUCAAAGCGUAGUUACAGGACAGAUGAGUCAUUUCAUUCCAGUUUUGGAAUUCUACUCCAACAAUUUGCCUCUGGUCUCCAUGAGCUAUAAUGCUUCUGAAACAUUGUUAGGGAUUAAUGAAACAACGCUGAAGUAG